AUGCUCUUCACACCUGUCAUCGCACUGGCCGGCCUCGCUGCCGCCGCCCCCCAGGGCCUUGUGUACAGACACGCCACCAAUGAAACCGUGCCCGCAUAUAAGCCAGUCCCCCGCUCGAUCAACAACAUCAACGGCACCGUGCCCGUGUACAAGAAAUUCUCCCGCUCGAUCCAUAAUGUUAAUGGAACCUUCCCCGUGGGCACCAAGAGCUCGGGCUCGACCGAGAGCGUCGAGGUGUCAGACUUCUCUGUGCAAGAGAAGCUCCAGGGCCUGGGCCCCAACGUCGAGAGCAUCGCUAGCGUCUACUUCCAAAUCAACGGCAAUAUCAGCUGUAGCGCUGACAACCCGGGCGCCGUGGGCACCGUCUUCGGCUGUGGUGAGACCGACUACUCCUUCGGUCUCCUCAACGGCACCACCUCCAAGUACUCGCUGAGGCUCUACCACCAGACCGGUGUCGCUGUCGGCAGAACAGGCCAAGGUGACAUCCCGACGGUCCCCCACGCUGGUGGCUCUUCUGCCGAUGGCAGCUAUGAGAUCAACAACCAGAUUGGCACCACUGCCAUUGUCAUCUCUUCAUCAUAG